AUGACGCCAGCAAUGAUUACCUCGGGUUCCAUCGACGACUUCCCCGUCCAUGAGCCAGCACCGUACUUUGCAGAGGAACGUCCAGGAUGGAAAGGAUACGUGGAAUGGGAAAAGUAUCCAGAGAAGAAAGCACAAGCGGAGAAAGUUCUUGCACAGUACAAGUUUCCUGGUCCGCCUGAAUUUCAAAUGAUACCUCUGCCCAAAACAAAUCCAAUCUUAGAGGGAGUACGAUGGAAGCAAUACCACUAUGCCUUGGGUGAGACUUUGAGGGAUCUCCCGGCUAAGAGCUGGGAAUACGUUCGAAAGGAAAAGUCGCCGGAUAUGCUGCAUGUGCUUCAAUUCCCUUACAAUGGAGAACCUCCUCGUUCACGUCUCGUCGACACCGAGUUCACACCCAACAAGGACUUCUUCGUACGCAAUCAUGGUGGUGUGCCCGAGAUUGACGAAGAAGCAUACGAGCUUUCGCUAGACGGACUCGUGAGAAACCCUUGCAAAUUCUCCCUCUCGGACAUCAAAAACGAGAAGUUAUUCCCCYGUCAAUCCAAUGUCGUCACUCUACAAUGCGCAGGGACUCGUCGUCUGGAGCAGAUCGCAAUGUAUCCCGGAGAUGGCGAUGAACUGCUCAACGCACCAUGGGCUGAAGGUGCAAUUGGAAACGCACGCUGGACGGGUGUCUCUCUCAAAGAUGUGAUUGAUCAUUGCGACGGUCUAUCCGACAACCCAGAAACAACACAUCUCGAAUUCUACGGCGCGGACACCUAUGUCAAGAAAGGGAAAGUGUACAACUACGUCGUCAGCGUGCCUUAUCGCAAAGUCAAGUUUGAAGAAGUCAUGCUCGCAUGGGAGAUGAACGGGGAACCUCUCCCCAAAAUCCACGGCGGCCCACUGAGAGCCGUGGUGUUUGGAUACAUUGGCGCGCGAAGUGUCAAGUGGCUGUACAGGAUCAAGGCCAUUACUGGACCUAGCGAGGCUCCCGUGCAGAAGAAGGAGUAUUUGUACUACACACCGCAGAUUGGAAAACAGAAUGUGCAAUAUUCCAAUGGGUUUAGUAUUCAGGAUAUGCCGGUCAGUAGCGCCAUCAUGUCUCCUGUGGAUAUGGAUCAGAUUGUUCAUGAUGGCAAGAUCACGCUUCGAGGCUGGGCGUACUCUGGUGGAACCGGCGGUCAUUGGCCCGAGCGUGUCGAAGUCAGCGCUGAUGGAGGAUCAGUAUGGUACGAGGUCCCUUAUGACAAAAUGAGCACAAAAUACUAUUACGGCUKGCGAAUCUGGAGUAUUGAAAUGCCUGUAGAGUAUGAAGGCUGGCUAGAAUUCUGUUGUCGAACAUGGGACAACGCACUGAACACUCAACCGACAUAUGUCAGGUCUGCUUGGAACUGGGACCUUCAUGUCACUAGCUCCUGCCAUCGGAUUAAGGUGUACUCCAUUAAUCGAGCGCGAGCGGCGACGAGACAGCGUCUUCAGGAGAUUGAAAGUCGGGGAUUGUCUAUUGCGCCCAUUACGCAGCCGUUGGAGUUCGAUCUUGAGAGCGAUGAGCACUAUAAGGCGGUUAUGGAGGCGAAGAAGGGGAGGGACCCGGCGGAGUAA